UUAACUGCUUCUAAUUCACCCAAAUAAUUUUUAACGCGCUUAGUCGUAAAUUCAGUCUAUGCCUACGCUUGGAACGAAACGCAAUAAAAAAAUACCACCCGCCGCCGCCAUAUUGCGUAAAUUAUUGUGGAGGAAUUUUCGUUCGUGCAUAUUUAACGCAAUUUUCAUUAAUACUUUAUUAUCACCUUUUAAUUUUGAUUACAAAAUGGAUUGCCUUGUGGGUUACGGUAGUGAUGAUGAAACUGAACGCUAUGGAGCAGGCCAGUCUUCUGUGGGGGGCACGAGAAGCCGACGCGAAGACGACACAAACUAUGAGGAAGUCAACAUGGACAUGAGUGAGGGCACGCGUACCUUGUCGCAGGAAUCCCAGGAGUCCGAGCCGGAGCUGCCGCAGGCGGAGCCCGCGCCCUCGUCGCAUUCCUCGCGCGAGGACCAUAGAGGAUCGGACGAUGGUCGAGAUCGCGACCGGCGCAGACGCGACCGGCGACGAGAGUCCCCGCAGCGCGCCCGCGGCGACCGGGAGCGCCGAGACGAGCGGUACACCAGGACGGACCGCAGUGAUCGCGGUCGCGGAUUGGGCAGCGGUGGGGAAGGGAGCUCCCGGCGCGGCCUGCUGGGAGACCGCCCCGACGACAGGCAUGCGGACAACAAGCAGGUGCCAGCGCUGAUGGAUCUGAAGCCGUUUGGCGGGGAACCCCCGCCGGGCAUAGACUCGCGACGCUCGCAGGACGCAAGAGAUGCAGUCUCCCCGAGAUUUGUGGAUCGCGACAGGCGCGACAGAGACAGGAAUGACAGGGACAGAGAUAGAAACGAUAGGGACAGCAGGAGUGAUAGGGACAGAAACGACAGAGACAGGGGUGAAAGGGAGAGAAACGACAGGGACAACAGGAGUGAAAGGGACAGGGACAACAGGAGUGAAAGAGACAGAGACCGACACAACCGCCGAUCCGAAGAGAAAAGAUUGUAUGGAGACAGACACGAGCGUCGGGACAGGUCUCGGUCCAGGGGAGCCGCCUUCCCCCCGCCUUCUACCUCCAGCUCGAGUGACAGGCGCGGUUCUCCAUCUUCAGGAGACUACAGGCCUUCCUCCUACAAGGUGAACAAGAAACUGGAAGUCAUGGAGAAGAUGGGUCUACAGAUCAAGACCCCGGACGGUUCGAUGGCGACGGCUCAACAGCUACGCGCCGCCGCCGGAGAGCCCGCGUUGCCUUCAUACAGCGCUACUGCACCAGCCGCUGCAAAGCUGCUGCACCAGUUGCAGAAACGCAAGCUCCUCUGGUCUAACAAGGGCAAAACCGAAGCAGAAGAAGUGGCCAAGUGGUCGGGCGCUCGUUUCGCUCAGGACAGCGACGGCAAGCAGGCCUGCAAGUUUAUGCGGCUCAUGGGCAUCAAGGAUCCCGCGGCCGUAAAAACCGAAGCCCCAGCAGCGGAUCCUAUCAAGAAACAAGAAGAGUUGUUCCAAGCGAUGCAGGCACAGUACGAUGUGGCUCGUGCAACCACUCACACGAUGCGAGGUGUGGGGCUCGGCUUCCAACGAGGACAGUUCUAAACAUUGGGUGUUUGUGUAGUGAAGUGCACUUUAGACUUGACCAGUUACAAAAAACUUGGUGUUAGUAACAGUGAAAAUAAUAACCAGCAGUAGCUGUUUUAUAAACAGCUGAAAAUGAUUCUGUUAUCGAAGAAACUUGCCAAACAGUCUCUUUAGUUUUGCUGGUACAAACUGAACACUAUCCAUCCUGAUAAAGGUACAAAUUCGCAAUUGGCUGCAGGCGACAACCGCAAGCGCGACACUGCGGCUGACCGUGCAUUAUAUGAAUUGUGCAGCCGCGGCAUGUCGUCUGCAGUUGCGGCCUGUGGUCUGCGGUUCAGUUCGGACUUGUACCUUAAGUAAUCUUAGAGUUUGGUUUUGAAAAAUGCGAAAAAAUUACACGCUUUGUUUUAUACGCUUAAUUAUAGUUUGAAGAAUGGACUUACAAAGAUAGGGAUGUGUUUAGAAAUGGGAGAAACACAUUGUUAACUAGUGUGAACAUUGUUUAUGUAAACAUAUUGGUUUAUUGUAUAUUUGUUUGUAUCCACAAUUAGUGAAUAACUUAUGUCCCAUCAGUAAAAUAUAGUGUUAUGGUAUAAAAAUGUUUUCUACUUAAUAUUUAGCUAUAAAGACUAUAAAAAUAUUUUUCUUUUAGUUAUAUAAUGAUCUCUUUUUCCAGCAAAGAAUUCAGGUUAAUGUGAUACAUAAAUAUAAAUAUUUCCAACACUCACACCAAUUAGCCUAGCCCCAAAGUAAGCACUUUAAGGCUUGUGUUAUGGGAUACUAGGGUAACGACUAGAAUACAUAUACUGUACAUAUAUAAAUAUAUUUAUAUAGAAAUACAUACUAAACAUCCAUGACUGGAGUACAAAUGCUCGCUUUCGUCACAAAACCAUCUGCCCCCACCGGGAUUCGAACCCGGGACCUCUCGAGUCGGCGACACCAUGAAACCCGGCGUACAAACCACUCGACCACGGCGGUCGUCCUCUGUGUACAUAAACUGAUAGUGGUGAAAUUAAUGCCACUGUUUCAUUAAGAAGCUUGUUACAGCUAUAAGUAUUUAUAUAACUUACUGAAAAUCACACAAAUGGUUGCAUAUAGAUACAGCAAUUAACUUAAUUAAAGUAGGGCAGCUACUUUUUUUUGCAAGAGUCAAACAAAGAGUUAAGAUGUGGCUUUAAAUUUAUUUGACUUCUCUUCUUGCAACCAUGAAAGAGUAUUUUUUGUAUCUCAAUUUAACAAUACGUAGCUUACAAGAUAUUUCAAUGAUAGUCAUUUAUAGUAAUGGUGAUUCUGUUACUCUAAACAAAUUAUCUAACAUAAAACGAUAUAAAUAUUUGUUAUGUAAAACUUAAAUUAAAAUUGUAAUAAAUAUAAUGAAGUGAUACAAUAAUUGUACAUUACAAUAGUUAAUCACAUUGUACAAAUAAAUGUACACUCAUACUAAUUGGCGCAUUAAAGCACAAAAAGUUCCUUCAAAUUAAUCAUCAACAGAGAUUAAUUAGUAAAAUAGAACUGCCAUAGAAAAAAUGUCUUUGUGUUUCAUUUAUACUAUUUUCUAAGGCCUAUAGGGUAGGCGUAUAAUUAAUUUCCUGAUGGCUACUGUGUGAUAUAAAUUAACAUUGAAUAUGUUUGUAAUCUAAUUGAUAAAAUUAAUAAUCAUUGUGUACCUAAAAAUGUGACAGUGGAAAGUAAAGAGAUAUUCCUAGGUAUUCCAAUUAAGUCAUAGACUUAUUUGUUCACCUUUCUUUUACCUCGAGGUUCUGUGCGGAAAAAGAAUGGGAUUUAGAUUGGAGGGCGCUGUAGUGUUUUUCUACCGUAUUUGGAAGGUUUUACCCCUUUGACAUGAUUAAAUACAAAAAACUGCAAGAAAUCACAACAACAAACAAAUUCUUAUCAAUACAAAACUGACGUUAUACAUAUUGUUUUACGUGUUUGAUUGCCAAAUAAAAAUCUUAAUGUUGGUUCCGUUUUUCGCCACGCCUAUUCUCUUUCCGCACAGACUCUACAUGGAUUGCGUGUUGUGCAAUGAUUAUUAUGUUUUACCACUCAAUUUAGAUAAGGUGAUUAUAAUAAAAAUUCUAUUAAAAAAAAGUAUGUUUUCUUCGCUUAUUUCCUGUGUCAAUUUUGAUCUGACAAAUUCAUUAGUAUGUUUGUAAGUCAAUCGCAAAAACAGCUGGAAGAAUAUGGAUAAAAUUUGGCUUAUAGUUAGUUUAUUACUUGGAUUGAGGCAUAGGAUACUUUAUUUAUCCCGAAAAACAUGGUUUCUGAGGGAUUCUAAAAAACAAAAGUUAUGCGAUCGAAGUCACGGGUAGCCGUCAUAAAAGUAGUGUACUACAGCAGGACAAUAACUUUCGGGCAAAGAUAUUAAAUACCCUAAAUACACCACGUACGCUCAAAAUGUGACCCAGUCAAGAAGUGCUCGAGCACGACUCCACCACUUCGUGGUCAGGUCACAGUCACACGCGGAUCAUUGAAAAGUCAAGAUGUGGCAGAGCUCCGUAAAAAAAUGCGAUGAAAAUACUUAUAGUAUAUAAAGUGUAGUUUUUUCGACAGGUAUUUAAUUAAUAUUUGUUAAUUUAACGCAUUUGAUGCAAAUUUUGACUAAUUCUUACUAUUACCUGAUUUAUUAGAAAAUAUUUGCGAUAGUCAAAUGCAUGGUCGGUCAUGGCUAUACAGCCGUCUCUUUUUAUUAGCACGCAUUUCGAACUGUCAUAACUCUGAUGCAGGCGUUUUAAUGAAGACCUUAAAUAGUAUGUGUUAAAGGUGACUUUCAAUGUUUAAAU